AUGGCGGCGAUGUUCAGGAGACCAAAACCGGGCGGUGGUAGUCACCCGCCACCGCUGGCUCCGACUGUGAGCAGUUUCAAACCGAGAGCUCAAUGGACUAACUCCGGAUCUUCCAUUUUCCUCUACGUCAACCUUCCUGGGUUUUAUAGGGAUCAAAUAUCAAUAAAGAUGGAUGUGAGGACGAGGACUGUCCAGAUUCAAGGCCAGCGACCGCUCUCUACGCAGACUAAGGCUCGUUUCAAUGAAGCUUACCGUGUCCCUGAGUCCUGUGACAUGAGUAAAUUGAGCACAAGCUUCUCACAUGGACUCUUGACGAUCGAGUUUCAAGCGAUCGUGGAAGGUGUCCAAGAUCAGGGGAAGAUUGGACAGAGGUCUAAUCAGGAGAAAAGUGGUCCUAAUGGGAGUACCUUGGGACGAAAGAAACCUUUGAUCGAGGAGAAACAAGUGGGAACAAGCGAAGAGAAACCUGCUCCAACGUUGAAUAAAGAAGAACCGAAAACGUAUAAAUCAGUGGUUGAGGGUAAAAGAACGGUGCCAACUGGAAAUGUAGAGAAGUCUGAACCGAAAGUAAAAGCAGGAGAAGCGAUCCCUAAAGUAAGGGGCAAGGAGAGCGCGAAAGAAGCGAAGGUGGUUGAGAGAAAGGGGGCUACUCAAAUGAGUCAGCAAAAGACUGGACAGAAGUUGAAGGAGGAAGAGGCUAGAAGUACACCGACCCUUGGUGGUAGCUUGAAACUCAAGGAACGUGCGAAAGAAGAGAAGGUGGUUGAGAGAAAGGAAGCUCCUCAAAUAGGUCAGCAGAAGAUUGGACAGAAAGUGAAGGAAGAAGAGGCUAAACGUUCACCAGCCCUUGGUGCUAGUAGCAUAAAAGCCAAGGUACGUGCGAUAGAAGAGAAAGCAAGUGAGGGGAAGAAAGAUGCUGAUAUAAGUCAGAAUAAGACUGGGCAAAUGGUGAAGGAGAAAGAGAUUAUCAGUAGAUCACCGGCAGUUGAUACUGGCUUGAAACCUAAGGUACAUGCUAAUCUUGUUGGACAAAAGGGAGAUGGUGAAAUAGGUCAGAAGCUGAAAGAGGAAGGAAAUAUUAAACUGGGCCAAAAGGAACAGGAGAAAUACACAAAACCAGUUGUUGGUGAUGAGGCAAGAAGAACAGAGAAGAUGAAUCAAGCAGAGUCUCAGCUAAAAACGAAAGAAAGAGAUGAAAGAACUGAGCUGGAUGCUGACGAUGGCUUGAGAAACAAUCAGGAUGAGAAAAAGGAAAUAGUUGGAGACAUGGUAAGUGAAGGAGAGAUCCAAGAGAGAGUGGAGCAAAAGAAGAUAGGGGAAACCAGUUUAGCCAAAUAUACAGGAGAACAUGAGGAUAACGCUGGACAGACCAAGAACAGCAUGGACUCUCUUCCUGCAGCAGGAGGAAACGGAAAAGGUGAAGAAGACACCCGGACAUAUGACGUAUCUUUAGUUAAUGUCGGCGCAGCUGCUCUUGUGAUUAUGGGCUUUGGUGCUUAUGUAUUUGUACCACUUGUAAAAUAUUUCUCUUGAUUUUGUUAACAACAAAAUAAAAGUGGGUGAU